AUGGAGACCACAGGAGCCAAAUCUCUUUGGAAGAACCUCGUGGAAGAGGCAGUUUUGAUUGACUCCACAGUGCAGAAUUACAGUGGGGAGGAAAAUCCACGGCGAUUCCGAAGGAGGAGGGGCUUCAAACCCAGCCCAGGGUGCUCUGAGGAGGAAAGACCCACCCUGUGCCAGGAAGGUGGACAGAGCUUCAGCCAGAGCUCAAAGCUGGUGGCCCAUGAGCAGCUUCAUGAUGGGGAGAAGCCCCACAAGUGCUUGCAGUGUGGGAAGAGCUUCAGGCAGAGCAGCACCCUGAUCUGCCAUCAGAUGAUCCACACUGGGGAAUGGCCCUAUGAGCGUGGGGAAUGUGGGAAAGGGUUAAACUGCUGCUCUGCCCUCAUCACCCACCUGCGCAUCCACACUGGGGAGAGGCCCUACGAGUGUCCUGAGUGUGGGAAGAGGUUUCACACCAGCUCCAAUCUCCUCCAGCACGAGCAGAUUCACACCAAGGAGAGGCCUUUCCUCUGCCUGGACUGUGGGAAGGGCUUCAAGCAAAACUCCCACCUUGUCAUCCACCGACGCAUCCACAUUGGGGAGAGGUGCUACGAGUGCCCAACCUGUGGGAAGUGA